AUGUUGAAAUUAAAAUUUGAUGGUAUUAUCAUGGAUCAAACUAAAUACUUAUCAUAUGUAUAUGGUUAUUAUCUUUUUCUUAAAGCUUAUUAUUUUCUAACCUACUCAAGUUUUGCUGCAAUUGGUCCAAUGUUGAAUAUAACUCUUCGAAGUCGUGGUCUGUCAGAUAUAGAAAUAUCAUGUAUUAAUUUAAUUAUUCCAUUUUUGAUCUUCUUUACUAAUCCAUUAUUAGCAUUUUUCACAGAUCAUGUACGUCAUUAUCGUCUUACGUUCAAUGUUAUUUUGUGUUUGGUAACUAUUAUUUUUGGUACUAUGUUUUUUUUUACCAAUUUUGAAAUCACAUUUAAUCCAAGAUGA